UUCUACGAAAUCAAUGUGGCCAUGAUAUAAUGAACUUUGUCAAACAAUGUUGAAAUUCUAGUUAAAACUAAUAUUCGGCCGGUGCCUUAGAUUUCAAAAUGGAAAGUGAAUCAGUCGCUAGCGAGAAACAGAACGAAGAAGCGAAGCCAGCUUCUCCGACCGGCAGCCACAAGCCGUCCGUGAACUCCCCCGACACUGGAGUCAGUCGGAUGGGCUCGCUCAGCAAGCAGCUCAGCCAACACGUCGGCGAGCUGACAAGCUCGGCCAACAUGCUCGCCAAAGGCAGCAGUCCCCACUCCCCACAGCUCAGCAGCAACAUAGAGAAAAUAGCAACGAUGGGGGAAAUACUCACCAACGAAGCUAACGCACUGAGAACUUCGAUAAAGAGUCUGUCAGACGACAUCGCUCGAACCAAACGAGAGAUGAAUGUCGAGACACCAAUAGACGUCAACUUCCCAUACCACCUGUUCUUGAUCGAAAUCGUCGUGAACAAAAUCCACAUGAAAUGCGAAUGUUUUGACGUAGAUCUGAACAACCUCGUCAUCACUGCCACAUUUUUGGGCAAACAACCGAUAGUGUUAUUAGAUGGCUCUUUGGGGAAAGUCGAGAAUUUGGCCAAACUGAACGCAGGCAAGUCUACGUUAUUCGCGAUGACUUACGACAAAAUUUGCGCGAUAAAAGAGUUCGAAAUAUGUUUGCAACUGACCAAACAGCCGCCGUGCACCUCAUGUGUCACCAAGAUCGGGGAGACCCGAAUGGAUUUCACGGCGGAAUUUGUUUCAUUGAGAGAGGAAUUGUGUAAGAAAUGGAGCGAGGAACAACCAAAUGACAAUAUCAUAUGCACAACGUCAACUCCGCUUACAAAGAAUCUGUAUUAUUUGUCAUGUGGGAGCGACAGUAGUGGAGAAUCGAUAGGUGUGAUUGAAGUUACGGUGCGAAUGUCGUUUUUGGGGAAGGAGAUCACGACGGCAUUUUGCGCCGCGCCUAAGACUCACGGCGCUUCGUUUUUACUGAAGCAGGAUAAUGGAAUGACCAUGUACUCGUGUCAAAAGGUGGAGAUGGACGACAUGGGCAAGAUUCUGCUGGACGAGGACGUGAUGAACAAGAAGCGCACGCACGCUCCCCAUCGGAGAAGCGAAAGUCCCGAGUCCCAGUUGUCGAGUGUGAUAUCCUCGAAAUCCUGCGAGCCUGCUGUGUAUUCCAGUUAUCCACAUACGAAACCUAAAUACGACGAAAUCUUCACUAAAGUUAAUGCAAACGAAUUGAAAAUCCGAGUGCCAAAGAGCACCAAAGUGGAGAGGUUCGGCAAAUACGAGAAGAUACAGGAGCUCUGUUCGUGCGAGGACACCCCAUACAACACAGGGGAGCAAAUUCAGUUCGAAAUGCCCAGCGAUUGCAAGAACAACACGUAUUCUUCCAACCUCAAAUACACUUACAAAGGUUGUGAAAAGACUGGCAAAGAUAAUAGGAUUAUAAACGUAACUCCAAGCAAUUGCCCUGUGCCGGUUGAUAUGGAGAAAGUGUUGCAUCCUAGAAAAGAUGUGUUCAUUUUAAAAAUCGGCAAGAAAAUGGAGACGAGCGAUAAGAAGACUGAUUUGGAGAUAGAGUUGGUUACUCCCAAAGCGCCGUCAGAAAAGGCAAUAGAUAAAAGCAAUGCAGAUCAACAGUGUAGCUCGGGGGACUUGACCGCGAAGUCGAGCGGUAAGAAAGGGAAGGGAGACAAAAAGAAGGGUAAGGGUAAAGACGCCAAGAAAGGAGUAAAGGGAAAGAAGAAAGGGAAGAAAUAACGAAAUAUUCAUAACUUCACGACUAUUUUACAGAUAAUAUAUACAAUGUUUUAGUUUUUUAUUACAUCAUAUAUUUUCUAAUAAACAAUAUACCUAUCAA